AUGAGGAGGGGAUGGAGGCGCAAACAACCUCCAUGUGAGCCUGAGUCUGCAUCAAAUGCGAAGGGUGGACACCACGAUGAUGACGACGGAGGACAGCGCAACGACGACAACAUCAGUGCCAGUCAGCUCAACAGCGAUACAGAUGUGAAAGGCGAGGAUGAUCCAGACGUGCGCCCCAAGGACAGGCGGGAUGGCAAGAAGGUAGCGAAGGCAGCGAAGACGAGGAGGGGAUGGAAGCGCAAACAACCUCCACGUGAGCCCGAGUCUGCAUCGAACAUGAGGGGUGGCGGUCGGGCUCCAGCAAAGAAACCUCGUGUCGCGGGCAGUGUUGCUGGUGAGAAGCGACUAACACAGGCUGCGACUCUGCCGCGCAAGUCUACCCGUAUCGCUAUCCCUACUAAACGCAAGAGAUUCUCGAAGUAA